AGGACGCGUUGUUGUUUUUCGACACUCUAUCAGAAUGCACUGCAGCCGCCGCUCGCUUGCGCAGAAAGCCGUCUUCGUAACGGGAACGAGGACGCCGUUUGCGAAGUCCUUCGGUACGCUGUUAAAGAUGGACACACUGCAGCUAGCGAGCGCUGCAGUUGCUGGGCUUCUCGAUAAAACGAAGUUGGACCCACGCGAGAUCAAUCACAUUGUGUGGGGCAAUGUUGUGCUACAAGGCACUAUGCACAACUGCGCACGCGAAAUCGUAAUCGAGCUUAACCUUCCGAAAUCUAUCACGGGUAACCUCACCAGCAUGGCAUGCGCCAGCGGGUUGAAUGCACUCGCGCAGGCGUGCAUGCUUGUCGAGAGCGGCCAUGCUGACGUUGUCAUUGCUGGAGGGAGCGACAGCUUGAGCAAUCUCGAGGUGCCGCUACCGAAGUCGGUAGCACACGGACUGAUGGUGGCGCAAAAGAAAGGGGUCAAGGGCUUCUUCCAACACGCCGGCUACAACCCAGCUGCCUGGCUGCCGAAAUCUGUCGCCUUGGCAGAGCGAAGUACUGGGAAAACGAUGGGAUGGCACGGUGACGUCAUCGGCGAGCUGAACAACAUCUCGCGUGAAGCACAGGAAGCUUUUGCGGUCGCUUCACAUGAGAAAGCAAACCGUGCCACAAAAGCUGGGUAUUUCAAAGAUGAAAUUGUUCCCGUCUCCGUCGAGAAGAAAGGGAGAUAA